GUGUUCAGAGAGGCUGCAGCUGUUGCAGGAAGUCAAGAUGACUUUGAGGAGUCAAAGCACUUCGGCGGUGUUUUGCGUGAGCAUCUGGAGAUCAGAGCAAGGGAGAGAGGUGAGGCGCUAAUCGUUGCUGCCGCGCCGGCACAGAAAAUUAUGAGCGGCGAGUGGAUAUGCUGUGCGGUUGGGAUUUUUGGGCCGGAUACGGUUGAGAAGAAGAAGCUCUGGGUCAAGAAUUAUACCUCGUACCUGCUGAGUCUGGUCCUACCCCCUCUUGUGAAACAUGGCAUCUGUCUCGAAGCCCAUGGUCAGAAUAUCGUUGCGCGGUUCUGCGUCAAAACGAAGGAGUUGAAGAGUUUCGGCGUGUACGACUUCGGUGGCAUUCGACUCCACGUUCCAACUCUUCAAUUAAAAGGCCACGAUAUGUCCUUUUUGCGUCCACAUCACUACCUAGCAUGCAACAACCUUCAAGAGGCAUGGAGCAAAAUUCGCCAUUUACUGUUCCAGAGCCAUUUGGGGCAACUCCUCGUAGCAUUGGAUCUGGAAACAAAGGGCGGAUGGGCAAUUGUAAAGGAAUCUAUCGUGGAGGUUUUGAACCCCGAAGAAAGUGAGGGGGGCAAGACGCUUCUUGAGGUUUUGCUCGCAAAAGAGAUGGCCGUGAAAUGUUUUUUUUUGAGAAUGAAGAUGGAAGGCAUGGUUCGAGAGGUUGAUUCACUCCCCGAAUUCAGGCCCCUUGUCUUAACGUGGAUUGCUAAUAUUUUGCGCAUUAUUAGAGAGUAG